AGUAGCGGACGGUGCCGCCGGUGGGCCCGGGGCGGUGAGUCGGGGCCAGGGGUCUCGAUGUGGCGGUGUCGGCUUGGCAGCGCCGGGGCUGUGGGGUUUUAUGUUGUCGGUACCGGCUGAAGGGGCCUGGGCGGUGGGGGCCUGAGGAGCUCCGGGGUCCGGUGAAGGGACCGGUCUGGGGGUCCUUGACAAGCCCCAGUGAGGGUCCCGGGUGGUUGAGCCCUGGUACCCAGUCAAGGGGCCUGGACUGUUGUGUUCCAUGAGCCCCAGUGAAGAGCCCGGGCUGGGGCUCCCUGACGAACUCCAGUGCCUGCUGAGCGUCCUGCUCAGUUGAGCCCCAGUACCCCCUCAAGGAGCCCGAGCUGGGGGGGGUCCCUGACGAGAGCCGGUACGGGGUCGAGCUGUACCAAGCCCUAUCUCUCGUUGACCAGCCCGGCUGUUUGGCGCUUGGCAGCCCAUCUGCCCACCCCACCAUGCCGGGCCAGGGCCCCUCGGGGUCCCGCCGGCCGCUGCUGGCCCUGGUGGUCGCGCUGGGCUGGCUGCUGGCCCUGCAGCUGCUGCUGGACCUGCGGGCGCUGGGGCUGCUGUGCGGGGCCCUGGCGGUGCUGGGGGGCUGGCUGGGCCCCCCGGCCCUGGUUCCCCGCGGCCGCCGGCUGCGCCUGGAGCGCUUCGUGAGCUCUCUGCGGGCCCCGCCCGGCUGCCCCGCGGACGAGGCGCGGCUGGAGCGGGAGAUCGCCAGCACCAUCCGUAAGGUGGUGCGGGAUUUCGUGGCCUCGUGGUACCGCACGGUGAGCAGGGAGCCGGCCUUCGAGGCCGAGGUGGAGAGGGCCAUGGUGGGCCUGGCUGCGGAGCUGCGGCGGCGCAUGGCGCGGGUAGACCGCCGAGCCCUCGCCCGCCGCCUGCUUCUGCUCUGCGGGCAACACCUCCAGAGCUUCCUGCGGGCACGGGACGCCCUGAGGGACGACCCCAAAGGCGGUGGGACGCUGUGGCAGGAGUACAGCCGGCUGGCAGGGCCGCAUCCUGCCCUGCUCAGCCCCGCGGCCGAGGUCGGAUGUGCCCGCGCGGCCGUGGAGACGCUGCUGCAGGCGUUGGUGCCGUGGCCACACCUGGAAACGCGGACGGGACGCUUCGUGGUGGUGGAGCUGGUGGCCUGCAAUGUGCUGCUGCCGGCCGUCAGGAAGAUGUCUGAUCCCGACUGGAUCAAUCUGCUGCUCAUUGGGAUGUUCUCCAAGAAGCCCCGCGGUGGGAAGCCCCACACUGCACCCCCAGUGCCAGAUUCCUUGCCCUUCCCAGCACAGAUGGAUACGGUUCCUGCCGGGCUACCCCCCUCCCCGAGGGCUGUGGAGGGGCUCAGGAGAGAGGCAGGGACUGCUGGCGAGGAGGGAGAGGAGAUAAGGAGGUCGUGCCACACAGAGGAGCCUUUCCUGCGCCCCCAAGCCCUGGGAUCCCUCUUCCCCUGCGAGGGUUUGGAGCUGGAAUCCUCCACGCCCAGUGUGGGCCAGGACACGGACCUGCUGGCACCAUCCCCCACUGGGGAGCUCCUUGAUGAGCCCCCCCAGGACCCCUCUGUGCUAGAGGGCCUGGCCUCUUUGGAAGAUGGAACCGGAGACCUGGAGGAGGGCCCUGCCCCCAGCUCAGAUGUUGGGCUGCUUUCCACCUCUGCCUUGAGCUCCUGCCCUGACAUCCAGAUUGAGCCGGUGGUGGAGGAGGAGGAAAGCCCAGCAGUCCCCAAGAAGUUCUCCUCGCAGAGACCCUCUGUUCUGGGGAGAGAUCUGGGGGCAGCAGAGGGCCUGCCACAUAUCCCCCCAGAGGCCGGGCAGUCCCUGCCCCUGCUCUCAUCUUCCCCAACAGCUUCCAUGAGCACCUUCAGCUUUGAGCCCCUGAGCAGCCCUGACGGCCCGGUCGUGAUCCAGAGCCUGCGGAUAACUGGGACCAUCACUGCCCGGGAGCACAGUGGGACUGGCUUCCACCCAUAUACCCUGUACACUGUCAAGUAUGAGACAGUCCUGGAGGGUGAGGGUGCAGGGAGCCUUCAGCAGGUGGCUUAUCACACCGUGAACCGCCGCUACCGGGAGUUCCUCAACCUGCAGACCCGGCUGGAGGAGAAACCGGAGCUCCGCAAGUUCCUCAAAAACAUCAAAGGCCCAAAGAAACUGUUCCCUGAUCUCCCCUUUGGAAACAUGGACAGCGAUAAAGUGGAAGCCAGGAAAAGUCUGCUGGAAUCCUUCUUAAAGCAAUUGUGUGCAGUCCCUGAAAUUGCCAACAGUGAGGAGGUGCAGGAAUUUCUUGCCCUCAACACAGACGCCAGGAUCGCAUUUGUCAAGAAGCCCUUUGUUGUCUCCAGGAUAGACAAGAUCGUUGUCAAUGCUAUUGUGGACACUCUGAAGACGGCAUUCCCCAGGUCAGAGCCCCAGAGCCCCACGGAGGAUCUGAGCGAGUCUGAAGUGGAUGGAAAGUCCCAGACAGAUGGGAAGAAGGCGACCAAGUCCAGGCUGAGGUUCUCAUCUAGUAAAAUCACUCCAGUGCUGAGUGUGAGUGAAGCUCAUGACAGGAUAGUGUACUCCAUCAGGGAGGGCAGCGCUGUCUCUGGCACCCUGUCGCUGGCUGCUAUGGAAUCCUUCAUCCAGAAGCAGGAGAAACUGCUGGAAGCAAUCCCUAGCAAAGCUCCUGAAGGCGAGGGAGGCAGAGAACCUAAGGGAAGCUCUGUGCAGGAGGAUGCGGAUGGGACACAUCUGGACACAGACUCUGACUCUGAGACAGCUUUAGCUGAUCUGGCCCUGGAUGUGCUUCGCCUGGUGCUGGUGGAUCACUGGAGCUGGCUGUGCACAGAGAACAUUCAGAAGGUCUUCAACCUGCUCUUUGGGACCCUUGUUCAAAGAUGGCUGGAAGUGCAGAUGUUUAACCUGACCUGCACCCAGCGUUGGGUCCAGUACCUCCAGUUGCUCCAGGAAUCCAUCUGGCCCGGAGGAGUUUUACCAGCAGUGCCUAAACCCCCCAGGACAGAGGAGCAGAAGAAGGCAACAGCAGAUCAGGCCCUGCAGAGCCUGAUGGGGAUUUUGCCUAAUGUGAUCCAAGAAAUCCUUGGGACCAGCAAGUGUCGGAUGAGUUGGAACCUGGUGCUGGAGUCCCUGAGCCAGCCUGUGAUAAACAGGCACCUGGUUUUCUGCCUCUUGGACAUUCUGCUGGAGUUCUUGGUCCUGAAGGGCUCCAGUGAGGAGCCCAAGGCUGCAACUGUGGCACCAUCUGCCUAUGGUGGACUGGACAAAGCAGUAGGACUGGUCGAGCCAGCAGUGGGGGAGAGAAGCAGCCACAGGCAUGGGAUGAUUUGAUUUUCAGUGUUUACUAACCAUGUCUGGGAGCUUCUUGUACAGAAUAUUUCCAGCCAGUGCUAAAGGAAGCUACUUCCAGGCUUCUCUCUUCUGGCCAGGUGGUGGAUUAAACUCAGUGUCAGGGACUGAACAUCUACUGUGUAUCUGUUCCAUUGCUGACCUGAUGGAGAGCCUGGAAUGAAGAUGCCUGAGCAGUUGGAGAAGGAUAUUCAGGCUGCUCACAAACCCUAUAGUCUUGCCCAUAUUUCUGAACAACUGUAACAUCUGAAGGCAGAGAUAGCACGUAAGAUUUGCUUUUGUGGCAUCGGGCUUCACCUGGCACUGGCACAGAGAGACUUGAUGUGAUGGGAUCUUGUUGUUCCUGCAGGAAGGUGAAGGGAGGGGAAAUGCUGUCCCUGCUCUUUAAUCAUCCUGCCUUGUGCCUGCAAUGCCCAGUUGGUGUUACUAGAAAGAAGAUGGGGAGGGAAUGGAGUGUGGAGAUCUGGUGAUAGUCCUGAAGUCAGUGUCCAGCUGCCCAAAUACCUGGGAGGUGAGAGCAGUGCAGGAAUCAAAGCUGCUGUCCUGCCUUAGUGACAAAGAUCAGCUGCUUCCCACUGCCGCUGCUCUGACAUGGUCUAGUUCUUCAUCAUCUGCCUGAUCAGUAGGAUGCAGGUGGACUGUGAUCCUGGGAAAGAGAACUCUCCUCAGGCUAAGGAGGAAUGGCAGCUUGGCUAGACUGUAGGAUUCCCUUUCUGAGUCACCUUUUAGUCCCUGGGGCUGUCACCUGGAAGGCACAGGAGAAAAGAAGUUGACCCAUAUGUGACACAGCAAGGAAAUCAGCUCCCACACAAAAGUGCUUGUCACGGGAAGUUCUGGAAGAGGAGGGAACAGCCAGGGAUGAACAGCCAGUGGGUCAGAUCACAGCAAAGGGCUUGAGAGUACCACCUGAGCUCUGGUGUUGAUUGUGUGUCACCUGCUUUGGUUUGCUGUGCAAUAGUUCUGUGCAAAGGGCUUGAGAGUACCACCUGAGCUCUGGUGUUGAUUGUGUGUCACCUGCUUUGGUUUGCUGUGCAAUAGUUCUGUGCAGGGGGCUCUGGGAAGCUUGUCAGGUCACCAUGUCCUACCUGGCACAGAAUGGACAUGGAUUUGGCAGCUGCUUCCCCAGGUUGUCCAAGACUUGAGUGGUUUGUGAGCUAAUGCUGCUCAGGUCUCAGUACAAAAGGACAGAAAUGCACCAACAGACUGGAUUGAUGAUCUUUUUUGGUGUAUUUCUGGGAGAAAUAUGAUCUGAGCAGUGCUGGAUGUGGCUGAUCAAGGCAUUCUCUACAGAUCAAAGGAGAGGGAAUCAUGCAGGAUCACAGCUACUGUCUGUUACAGUACUACAUGAGGCAUUUCAUCUCAUAGAAUCGUGGAGUAUCAGGUGGGAAGAGACUGCCUGCUGUUCCUUGGAGCUGUAUGCUCCAUGGCACAUUUGGAGGGAAGGCAAUGCAGCUCCAAUGUGCCUGUUCUGCUCUUCCCAGAAGAGCUGCUUAAUAAUGGACCCACAGCAGUGUGAGCUGCUUCCUGCCUCUGUGUGUUUUGUGAAAAUACAGGAAGGGAUUGGCUUGCUGUCUGCAAAUAUAUUUUUAGGGAGCUCUAAGGACAUGCCAAGAUUAGGCAAAAUCCAAUAUAAUGAAGCAAAGCAGUUUUGCAUCACUUUAUCAGAGCCGUUUCUCAGCAGUAACACUUGGGAGAUGGUAGAUUGGCCACUUGCUUGGAAAAGGAGGGAGGCGUAAAGUGUAUUAGGCAAAGAGUUGGAGAGUGCUUUGGGAUAGUCCCAAAGCAGAGAUUACUGGGAAGGAGGGCUCAAAUAUAUCCUUAAAUACCUACUUGGAGAGCAGCUGCUUCACCCUGUCUUUCACUGCUAGGCUCGUUUCUCUUCUUUUUCCUGUUGCUUCCAUUUACUGCCCCAGCUGUCAGGAGUGGGAGCAGGAGCCAUUGGCCAGGGAUGAUGCAGCAGAGCCCUGUUGUGCUUGGUGCCUUCCCAGAUGCUCUUGUUGUGCUUGUUUGCUAUUGCUUCCUAAUUAAUUGUGUGGUUUGGAGUUCCAGGACCCUGGUCUGUCAUUAAUUAGGGAUAAUAUUAAGGAUUAAAUUAAGGACUGUAAAUUAUGCACUGCCAGCUCCAGGUCAGGGCAAAAGUCUAGCACAGUCCUUACACACACUGGAUAUGGCACUGGAAGAAUGAGCUGAUGCUUCUCCUUUGCCAGGAAGCCCAAGUUAUCCCUGCUGUUAAACCUCAUCUCUGCAAUUAUGCAAAUGACUGAAUAUUCAGGAAAUAAUUUGUGGGUACUGCCAGUUUGGGAGCUGAUGCUUUGCUGGGAUGGUGUAGCCAUGAUCUGGGGUUGUACCAGCAGGAACAUCCCCCUCUGUGUUUAUUUACGUGGGAGGAGCUGGGGCAGAGAGAGAUGAAGUAGAUUUACUUACAUGCACUUUGAAGUCAGUAUUAGAGUUGGAAACAGACCUAGGAGUUUGGAUUGCGAGAUCUUUGUUUUAAUCUCCAGAACCCCCUUUCUUGUCUCGUUUAGGCUGAGCCCUUUCUCAUGCUCUCACUGGCUGGGCUUCAAUCUCCCAUUCCCUCCUUGGUCUGGUCUCACAGCUGAGGUGAAGUUGCCCAGGAGCAAAUAGCCCCUUCUCUGGAUCUUGUUGUUAAGGAAUAAAAAAAUCCAAUAAAAAGCUCAGCUUUUUUGUCCUGCUAGUUCUUUGCCUCACUGUAAUUUUGGGAUUAAAUUGAGCACAACGAUGGCAAAGGCAAACUUCUGCAUUCAGAUGGGCUGGAAGUUUAUUUCCAUUGGACUAAGACUAGAAAAACUGCUUUGGUAAAACAAGCAAGGUUGACAGAAUAACUUUAGUUCACCCUGUAUGUGUCGUAUUCCCUUUUUCUGCAGGAAUUUGUAGAAGGAAUUUGCAGAACACUUCAGCCACCUCUUGCUAAAGGGAGGGUGGGGAGAGCAGCCAGGUUUGAUCUCAAAGAGUUGCAGCCUUGUGUCACGUUACAUAUAGAGCAGCAUGUGCUUCUGGUGGGGGACAGCUCUCCAGGGUCCCUCUGCAUGUGUGUGAUCUCUUCCAUCUCACUUCGUGCUGGUUUUGUGGCAUUGAGGAAAGAAUUUAUUUCCCCCUGCCUCAGUUUCCCCCUAGUUGACUGGAAGCUCCUUGGAAGCAGGAGCUGCUCCUGUGGACAACAGAAUACAGUGGUAAGAACUUCAGGGCACCACUCUAAGCUAAACAUUCCUGUGUUGAGACAAAGCUUGGUUGUUUAAUUGUGUCUUUAGGGGGAAAAGUCCCACCAUGCACUGACUCCCCAUUGUAUUUCCUAUAUUCAACCCUUUGUAUCAGCUGUUUAUGGUGCUGCUGUUUGAAUCUGGGUAGAAUUGUCUCGAAAACCUGUUUUGUUGUUGAAUGGGAAGCAAACCUGCACUCCCAA